AUGAAUUUGUCAGUGCCCGUUGAAAAAUGGAUCGCCGCCGGAAUCUCAUUUCCAACCGAGUAUAAUACGGAGCACAGAUCUUCAUACCGCCCGAAACCAGCGAAUUCCGAAUGUCCAGCAGUUCGAAUUGUCAGUUCAAAGAAGCGUACACCUCAUCAUAUGUAUUUAUAUUAA